UUCGACGUAGUAUGCGUCCUGGUAGUGCACUUCGUUGCUGAUGAUUUUCCACCGCCAACAGAUGAGGAGAAAUGUGCUAACUGGGAUGAACGUGAGGAUGCGUCACAUGGAAUCAAUCCUAUCGAAUUCACCACAGAAUUCCUUUCCUGCAAAUAUGGACCGCUCAAGCCUAACCGGAAUUACACAAUCACUGUAUGGGCAGAGAACUCCGCAGGUCGCUCUUCACCGCUGGUUUUUCCCAAGCAUUGUAUCACCAACUAUGCUCAGCCAGAUGUGGUAGAGAAACCUGUAACGUCCACAAAUGCUAAUCAUACUUCGUUCAAUUUGGCCUUCAAAUCGAAACCCGAUGAUACUAAUGGACCAAUAAGCUGCUACUAUAUCGGUAUUGUUCCACUGCUAAAGAAUGUGUCAUUGGAAACGCUUCCCCGCCUCAAGAGAUUGCCUUCAAUAACAACCUCAAUGCUUUGGCAGCUUGAGAAGAAAAGAUUCUUCGCUUACAUCGCGGAGAGUUACACUGAAUAUCCCGUGGAUACGGUCAUUGGAGAUGGUCGUGGCAUACCUGAGUCGAUACAGGCUGAGGACGUGGUUCUGCGACCGGGACUAAAGUACACAGGCUUCCUGAUUGUGAGGGUUGAUAAGGAUGACAAGGAUGAAGUUCAAGGAGGAGCGCACUACAGCAGAAUUUUGGACCCUAUGCGGCCGCGUGCAUACCGUCAGCUUCACCUAAGUGGCCCAGCCUAUGGUUUCAGCGGUUACUUCAAACCGGUUUUUCUGGAGCCAGAAGACGAAAGGAGCAUGAUCGGAGCCUUCUUCACUGUGCUUGUGCCUCUCUUGGCAUUCUUAACGAUGGCUGCAGUAAUGGGAUUGUUUGUAUUACAC